ACUGCAUUUACUUGUCGUCAUAGUGUCUUGGAAGUAGUUACUACAAGUUUAAAAAUUACAUUAUAAAAUAUAAACAAUGAAGUGGAAAGCGUGUCCGACCAGCACCGUGCAAUGUUCCUCUCCUAAAGUCGUACCAGCAAGAGAUGAUUUUAGUUCCUACAUGACUUCCACAGCAGAAAGUAAUCAACCAAAAUUACGAAGACGAAGAGUUUCAUUGGUGCGUCUGAACAUGUACGACCGAUCAUUAAGACGAUCGGGAUUAACCGAAAGUAGAAAUAAUAACAACAUAUCCAACCCUGCAGCACCUGGCAAGCCAACUACAUUGGUUCGAACUUCCGCAAUAAGAAAAUCGAAUUACCGCAAAAGGUUGCACCCAACGUCCACCGGUCAGCUAAGUUUACUUCUUAGUUCAACAGUUGGAAUUACAGCAUUUCGUGAGUUUUUGGCAUCGGAAUAUAGCGAAAAUAAUCUAGAUUUUUGGUUGGAUUGUGAAAAAUACAAAAAUUGUGGUGAGGCAAAAAUGCAUACUGUUGCGGCACAAGUUGUGUCGACUUAUUUGAAACCUGGUUCUGCACACGAGGUAAACGUGAGUUACUCGUCAAGAAAAUUCGCGGAGUUAAAGGCGGCGAGCUGUGAACGGGACGCAUUUGAUCACGUGCAAGAAAAUGUGUUUAAACUUAUGAGUCACGAUUCGUUUUUAAGAUUCCAGACAAAAUAUCCUGGUUUUAUGUCUUAUUUAGAAAGUGUUAGAAAAGUUAUUCGUUCUUAAUAUUAAACUAAUGCGUUUUCAAGUAAUCCUCGACUUUUAAUGUGCUUUAUUUAAAUAUUAUAGGGUGGGGUAAGAUGGGACAUGUUUUUAAAUAGUUUUCCCGCCAUAUUUUGUAAUAAACAAAUAAUACAGAAAUAAAAAAUAACCGCAUUGUCACCACUCUUAAAACAGUUAUCAGUAUCCCAUCUUCCUCCACAGUAUUAUAACAACUGUUUCCUACACAACUAAUAAAAUUUGACUUUAAUAUA